GAGCCGCUGGGAAACGUAGUCCUGGAGGGGGUAGCCUCCCGCGGCGAAAGCCGCCGGCUCGGAGCCGGGUGGUUGUCCGCCCGCAGGCUCCCGGGGGUUCGGAGGAACUCCGCCGCUCCCCCGUAGGAAAGCGUGGCAGUCCCUAGGGCAGAUCAGACCGAGAGAGCCACACUUGGUCAGCCUGGAGAAGAGAAGGUUUUGGGGAGACCUUAAGCACCUUUCCAGUACCAGAAGGACUACAAGAGAACUGGAGGGGGACCUUUAAGGUCCUUACCAUCCAUGACAGGGCUCCCCAGCCCAGCCCUGGCUGCACGUUUGAGCCAGCCGCCAUUCCCACUGCUUGCUGCCCCAAAGCCAGGAGUGUGUGACUCCCUCCUGCUGGGAUGCCGGGUGCUGGCCGCAACAGGGCUGCCCCUCGCCCCAAGUGUCUGGCAGACCCACAACACCGCCCCCACCCCCGCCGCCGACUUUUGUCCCAGGUGGUGCCUCUGGGGACCCCCCCAGGAAGUGACACUUUCCAUUUUGCAUCACACCCGUCUGAAAAGUUGGGCUGGGAAAGGGUUGUCGCUGCCCCUGUCGGCUGCAGAGCAGGAGACCAAGGAAGGGAUGGAAGAAGGUGUCAUGUACGCUGACCUGCGCUUCCCCCCCACACCAGCUCCUCAGCAGCGAGUGCGCCUGCCGUGGUGCUGGGCAGCCCUCAGCCUGGGUCUCCUCUCCCUGAUGCUCCUGCUGGCACAAAUCAUCCUUGUCAGCCUUAGUUUCCACUAUUUAGUGCAACAACAAACAAGCUGCACACCCGGUCUCUGGAGUACAGAGGAGAGCCCCAGCUCUGGGAAACAGACACUGGAAGGGCGAUGCCAGUUUUGCCCGGUUGGCUGGCUCUGGGAUGCAGGGCAGUGCUACUACUUCUCCUCUACCAAAAAGAGCUGGGAGCAGAGCAGAGAGGACUGCUGCUCCAGAGGGGCACAGCUGGCCACCAUCCAAGCCAACACCACCCUGGCUUUCCUGCUGCGCACAGCUAACAUGGAUGCCUUUCAUGUGGGGCUGAAGCAGGACGGCUUCAGGUCUGACUGGAAGUGGCUGGAUGGCACCACACUGGAAGGGAUCUUCCCAAUCCAGCGCUACCCCAGGCCUUCCCAGGCCUGUGGUAGGGUGUCAGGCUUGGGACUUUUAGGCGGUGCAUGCACGGAAGCCCUCAGAUGGGUCUGCAAGCAGAGCGCAGCCACCCUGCAGUGGAUCCAGUCCUCGCCUCCUGCAUUCCUCUGGGGAAACACCACCUACAGCUGUGUGAGGCCCUGAUGGCUGUGGUGACCCCCAGCCUGUGCCCAACACCCUGUUCCCUGCCUGACCCCAGUGCAUGGGCAUUCCCAGGCUGCCUCCUGGCUCAGACCUCUUUACCUUCUGGAACUCUGCACUUUGCCAAUAAAUUCUGCCAAUAACUGCAGCUGGCUUUGGGGUAUGGGGGUGGUGGGAUUGAGGUGCAUCCCGCAUCUCUCAGACUCAGCUGCAUCACUGACAAGUGGGAAAUUGCAUCUGCUGCUCUGUGGCCAGGAGCCAGCAGCAAUCCAAGCAUCCCCAUGGCCCAAUGGCAGCAUGAAGCAUCUCCUGUGCAGGCUGGCACAGGUCCCACGAAAGCUCUGGGCUUUCUGAUUGUGGUGGUUACCUGGAGCUUUUGUUUCUUUGAGCAUGCUGCUGGGAGGUGACCCUUUGCUUCUGCAGUCCCAUGGGGAACUUGGGCUGGGCAGCAGCUUUUUUUUGCUGGUUUCUGCCCAGUCUGAGGAGGUUCCAGCAAACAUUUUCACUUUGUUUUGCGGCUGGGUGAUGUAUGAGAGCCUAAGGGGCCUGCUAGGGCUUGAUUUGGAGUUGUUUGGUCCCAGAGGCUGUUCCAUUUUCGGUAUAGACCACUGGGUCGUUCCAGCAGCCUGCAGCUCUGGCACAGACCUUGCUGGGCCUCCUUCCCAGCACAUGCAGAGGACAAAUCCCCCACAGCCAGUGCACCCUGUCAGCCUGAGCAGGACUGGGUGGCUGGAGGUAAUGCAUGGAGAAGUGUUGCCCUGCCGUGGCCUUUACCCAUGAGCUUGGGCUCUUCACAGCUGGGGACCUGGAUGCAGAGGAUGCUGAGCAGGAGGGAGCUCAUUCACC